UUCUUUGCAAUAAACUAUCAACCUUAUUUUCAUCUCCAAGGCUGCCACUACUAGUAAAUUUAAUCUCACAAUAUACUAAAGGAAGCAUCAUUUGUUCUAUUCUCUCUCCUCAUAGAGCAAAAAGAGAUCCAACUUGGGAAGAUCAAAUUUGUAGAAACAUGGGUGUCAUGAUGCUUAAGAACAUUAGUCUCCUCUUCCUCAUCAUUUCAUCAUCACUUCUAUCAACUUCAUUUGCAGGCCGACGAUUGGUUAACAACUUGGCCAAGGAUGUGGAUGCAACAAAUCAUGAGGAAGUGAUGACGGAGCAAUUACACGACAAGAAAGAAGGGACUACAACAAUUGCAAUAAUAAUACACGAAAGGCUUCUGAGAGCAAACACGAAAGACUAUGGAAAUUAUGAUCCAGCACCAGCACUUGUCAAGCCUCCUUUCAAACUCAUACCCAACUGAAAGCAUCCAUGCUUACUAUAUCUAUAUUAUGUCAUGUGAUAAGUUUUGGAGAUGUUAUUAGGGUUGGGAAAGGCCAGUUAUGUGUUAUAUAUAUAUAGAUAUGUGUGUGUGUGUGUGUGUGGUUUUCUGAGAAGUAUGUGUGUGUAUCAGUUAUAUCACAUGUUUAUAGUAAUCAAUCAAAAGUCCUAUAUCCUAUAUAUCAA